AUGGACAAUCUCAUAACCAUUGUAUGCUUGUUAGGAAUUAUUUGCGCACUGGUCACGAUAUUGCUCAAUAUCAAUUUAGUCAUAAAGGUUGUGAUGAACAAAUCAAGGCGAAAAGCAGAUAUGCAUUUGUUUUACUAUCGGUUCACACUGGACAUAUUUUUUGGAGCAUCUCUACUCUCCUACAUUAUCUUCAUCCUGCUCUCCAUUGAAGCCCAAAAAUUUAUUGCCCAGUCCCGUCCGUUGAUAGUUUACCUUGCCCUUCCUUGGUCAAAUUUUGCCGCUUGCCGGUCUAUUAUCGCCCUUUCCAUAUCUGCCGAAAGAGUCAUAGCUGCAUAUUUUCCCAUUACAUAUCGCUCCUAUAGAAACCUGGUCCCUAAUUGGACUGUUUUAGCAGUAGGUAUCGCAUUUGGAGUCUCGGAAGAAUUCGUUCUCUUCAAUUUAUGCUCUUAUGACAUGAUCAUCCCUCCAAGUUGUCGAGUUUUUGGCUGUGCGGUUAAUAAGUGCUUUUAUUAUUUCUGGACCAUUCAUAAAGCGUCGAUAUUCUCAACAAUAGUAAUUUUAUCAAUAAUGCUAUCAAUGAAGUUAUUCAUUUGGAACAAUUUGAAGCAUAAAGGCAAAAAUAAUAGAAUAUCGAAGGCAAAUCGUCUUGCACUACUGGAUACUGUAACUGUGCUAGUGUUUGAUUUCCUUCCUUCAUUUUGUGGUUCAAUGUGGCCUACUGCCGAAAUCUUCUCUUUCGAUUUUGUUGGUCCUUAUAAUGCUGUUGGGAAAGUCACUGGAUGUGCUAUCGAAGCGAUAGCAGUUUCAACUCUUCUAAUGUUCAGAAAAGGGAAGAACUCGGAACCUAAAUCCUCUAGUAAUCGACGUGUGGCAAAAAACACAAAGUCCAGUGGUCAAGUCUUAACUUUCCAAACUGUCAAAUAA